AUGCCUAAAGAGGAGCAUGAGGGGUCAGAAGUGACGAUCAAGGCCGGACUGGCUUACAGUCUAUUUCAAUCGACGACACAAGACGCGACAGCUCGCAAUGGCUUGCCUGUUUCAGGAACUGAGGCAUUCGAACAAGGACAGACGACACGUUUAAGCAAUGAUAUUGACUGGCGCAUAAACUUGAACAUUUCAUUGGCGGAAGCAAACCACAACGCAUCGCUUCCAGAAGGUACCAGUGCCCAGGAUGUUCGUGGAAUGAAGGCAACUGAUGAGGUUGGCCAAAUGUCUUCUUCGACCUGCUCGAACCUUGACCGGGACCAGUUCAGUUCAAUGCUUCAGAAUAAUUCCAACGACAUCACCGCUGGCCGGAAAUAUAUUGGUAGGAAAUCCGCUACUAUUAGCGGGGAUCAGCACAAACAUUUUGGUUCAUACGAAGAUUAUCGUCUUGCCGCUUCUCCUGAUAGCGGGGCUAUGGAACAUCCGCCAGUCAUACCAAAAUAUGGAUCUCGAGAUCCCACCAACCAACCGUCGUGGCCAUCUGACAUGACGAUUCUCAACGAAUCUUUCCCCUUCCUUCGGCGACCGGCCUCUUGCCUCUUUAUCCAGUCACGAGUCUUCAUAUGGUCAUACAUCGAAGAUGCGUCCAAAGGGACCUUCGGAUUUCCCGUCACCAUCUCACCUACUAGCAUCGACGCCGUCAAUGCUACAGGUUCAGGCCUCAAAUCCGCGCCUUGCGGGGUCUUGGUGGUUGUACUUGAAUUGCACCUCGGCCUCCUUCUCCAGAAUUUCUGUCCAGACAUACAUCUGAGUCCGACGCUGCCGAAAUCGACGAAUUGA